CCUGUCCAGCCGGUCGUCCUCCUCUCUCAGUCGUGCAAGUCUCCGGGUGGGCAGACCCACACUUGAUCUAGUGCUGGGUAUACUCUACCUGUGGGUCCCCUGGAGACCUUCCCAGAGGCUGCGUGAGGCGAGAGAGAGGGGAGAAGAGAGAUGGACGGAGGAGCUAAAGCUGCAGGCGGUGGGGCCGAAGUCGUGUUGCGGGAGGUUGCCGCUGGCGAAUCGAGGCUGUGGGAACCGAAGCGGAUCCAGCAUGCCGACCUUAACAGGCUUCAUCUUCGGUCGAUAGAAUCCAUCCUUGACCCCACGGUCUCAGCCGACAGCAUCAUCGGCGCGGUAGCAUAUGCCGUAACUAGCCACGGGCUGCGAGUGACCCAGCGAGAGCAAGGGCGCAUCGUGGCCCAGCGCGUGGAAGCGCCUUACCUGGCGAGCGUCUCCUCGGGGAGCUGGCGCUCCGGUUCCGGCCAAGAGAGGGAGGAGUGGAGGAUGGUGGUGGCAAACCUUGGGGUUUCCAAGGGGGUGGGGGAAGGAAAGAUGGUCGAGCGGGUGCUCUCGGUGUCUUUCAUGACGGACCCCGUUCCGAAACCCACCGACCUUGCCGGAAAGGGUGCGGCGGCGGUAACCUCGCUCCUGGGCUCGGUUGGAUCGGUCGCCUCGACGUUCAGCUCGUCGAUGACCUCGAGUUCUAAGGAUGGCCCGGCGGGCAGCAGCGCCGGCAGUGCCGGUUCGGCGGCGGGGAAGGCGGGGGCGGCGAGCGGGGCUGCUUCUUCGCUUACCGCUGUCGAGAUCGCGAACGUGAGAAGCAACCAACGCGCCGACUCUCUUCUCCAGGCGGUCGUGGCGGAACUCGGCAGGAUCGGCUGGCAAGGCGCGGUAGACCGACGAACAGGCACCGCCGCCGCCGCCGCCGCCGCCGCCGCCGGUGUUGAGCCUCGCGGGACGAAGCCGUCGCCGGGGUCGCCGGGGCCUGAGCAACAGAAGGCGGCGGAGAAGGGCGAGGACGCCGGUGACGGCGCCAGGCCCGGCGAGCGGGCCGCUCCCAUACCGCAAGAACUUUUGGUGCUUGCGCCGUUCGACGGCAGCAACAGCAACAGCAGCGCGUCACGUUCCGCGGCGUCGGCGUCGACCCUCGGUCCUCUUUCUGCGGAAGGGGAGGGAAGGGAGAGAGAGAAGAUGGAGGGCCCUACCCGGCAGGAGGAAGACCAAGAAACCGGAGUGCCGGAGGGCGGGGUAGCGACGGCCGGUGCCGGUGCUGACGCGGGCGUUGCGGCCACUGUUGCUACUGUCGUUGAGGUGGGACUGUGCCUGCAGUUCGUGGAAGGGCUUUGCGCGCGUGCCGAGGAGUAUAGCAGACAUGACGCAGCCGAAACGUGGAGGCCGCUCCAAGACACAGUUUCCAGGCUGGAACGUGCCAACGCGACUCUGCGUUCGCUGCUGGAGCCCAAGUACCGGGCCGUGGGAGCAGCGCCCCCGCCAGUGCCGAUCUGGUCCGGGCGGCGAAACUUCGGCGAAACGUACGGGUCGUCGGUGGGGUCAGCAGCUACCAACGUGGGAAACGCCCCCAGCAAGCGGGUCGUCGAGCUGCUUCGGUCAACCCCGCUGUUCGUCAUAGAAGGGAAGCAGGUCAAAGCGAAGGUGGUAUCGACGGCGGCGGCGGCGGCGGCGAGCGGCGCUGCCAAGCGGGAUGGCGAGCGACAAAGCGACGGAAGCAGCCCUGCCCCGGUAUCCGCGGCUGCCGAUCUGGCCGGGAGUCGUCGACAUGCCUUGCUGGUGCGGACGGCCGUCAAAGCCCUCACGGAGGUGGUGGGCCGAGUGUGCGAAUCCCGCGAGGAGGCGUUCUUAAAGGCCCGCCUCCCCGGUGCGCAGGCCUACAUCGUGGAGCUGGAGAGAUAUGGGUCCACGAUCGCGGGCGGAAGCGCCCUCAGGGCCACCGCCUCGUCUCCGGAGGGAGGCUGGGCCAGUGCCGGCAAUGUGGAGGUCGACGACGACCUGUGGCGGCUCUUCGCCGCGCAGGAGACGCGGUUGUACAGCUCGUCGGCCGCCCUGGGGAAGAAGCCCGGGAGGCUUUACGUGACUUACAGCACGCUGUGGUUCCAUUCUAAGGUCUUGGGGUUCGAAUCGAGACAUGUGCUGCCUCUUGCCGAGGUGGUGUCCAUCACUCUGCUGGGCACGGCACUCGACCUUUCGUCGAGCCUGGUCAUCGCCACCAACAGCGGCGGGGUGCCUGGAGAGCUCAUGUUCAUCUUCCCGGGGCAGAAGCGGCGACAGGUGGAGCCGCUGGAGGUCCUUCUCCGGCAGCUGGCGGUGCUCGCCGCCAAAGAGAGGGCGGCGACGGCGGAAGCAACAGAGGCAACAGCAGCAGCGUCGCCCGACGUUUCGUCAUGAUGGUGGAAGACGCACGGCAACGGCAUGGUGCUAUUUGGGAGCGCACACAAUCGACAAAGGAAGGGGUGUGUGCGCGGUGAAGGGGGGGGCGGGGGGCGGGAAAAGCUUCCCCACCUCGAACAACGCUGGUAGACGAAAAUAUUUGUCGGCAGACGUGUCCGGCGGGGCUUCUCCCCACACGGGAAUGCUUUCCCACUUUCGGCAGAGGAGCGAAAGUAUCAUAGCUGUUUAUUGUUAGAGUUGAAGCAAAACACAAAGUGUCCUAUGAGGCGACAGGCGGGCGGGGUUCCACUCAUGUAGUUUCGUGGCAUGGGCAACAGACAGGCGGGGUGGAUGAUGGAGAACGUCAGUGUCUCGGCGCUGACAAGCCUUGAGAGCCGUGAAAAAUACCGGGCAUGACACAUACGCAUCCUUCAUUGGCGGCGCUUCGCGACCUUGCAACGAAAGGACAAUAUUCGGAGCGUGAGAGUGCAGGUCACUUCGAAAGCGAACGACCGGCCUUCACGCUUCUAUCGUCAAGAAUUUUUCCGAUGGCAGCCAAUGGAUGAGAAUUUGGGCCUAAAAGGUGUUCGCAAUCAAAAUCGGAGUUGCUUUCGUGCAGAUU